AAUGGCGUCAUCCGCCCUACACCGGCGCCUUCCGCGUGACGAGUUAAUUCCGCGACAAGCUAAUUAGUUAGCUGACGGCUACUACGACCCCUCGGAGCAGCGGAGCUAACGUCCAACUCUCCGUGACCGGUAUCAUCCACACAGACAAAGACAACAGGGUCUCCUCCCUCCCUCGGUGAUCACCAGAGGUCUGAUCCUCCGUCACCAUGACAGACAACAAGCGUCUCGCCUUCUCCAUCAUCCAGUUCCUCCACGACCAGCUGCAGGGGGGGGAUCUGUCCUCAAGCGCCCAGGAGAGUCUGGAGGUUGCCGUCCAGUGUCUGGAGACGGCGUUUGACGUGUCGACUGACGAUCAGAGUCUCGCCGUCCCCAUGACGUUAACGGAGAUCUUCACCGCCGCCACAGACAAGCUCCCAGAUCAGUCGCAGGUCAACAACAACUCCACCCCGAACUCCGUCAGCGAGGACCAGAGAGCCGAGGCGGAGAGACUGAAGACCGAUGGUAACGACCAGAUGAAGGUGGAGAACUUUGCGGCUGCUGUUGAGUUCUACUCGAAGGCCAUCGCCAUCAACCCUCAGAACGCCGUAUACUACUGCAACAGGGCGGCAGCGUACAGUAAACUGGGAAACUACGCGGGAGCGGUGCAGGACUGUGAACAGGCCAUCAGCAUCGACCCCAACUACAGCAAGGCCUACGGCAGGAUGGGUUUGGCGCUUGCCAGCCUCAACAAACACACAGAAGCAGGGAGUUACUAUAAAAAAGCUCUGGAGCUCGACCCCGACAACGACACGUACAAGACCAACCUGAAGAUCGCCGAGGAGAAGAUGGAGACGUCCAGUCCCACAGCGGGGAUGGGCGGAGUCGACCUGGCUGGUCUGCUGAGUAACCCCGGCUUCAUGAACAUGGCGUCGUCUCUGAUGAACAACCCUCAGGUCCAGCAGCUGAUGUCGGGGAUGAUGUCUGGAGGGUACGGUGGGAUGGGGGGAGGAGUCGGAGGACUUGGUGGAGGAGGAGUCGGAGGAGGAGGAGCUGCACCCUCACCCUCACCUUCACCUGCAUCUGCACCUGCACCUGCUGCCCCCGGACCAGCUGGAGGCGGAGAUUUAUCAGGACUCAUCCAGGCAGGUCAGCAGUUCGCGCAGCAGAUGCAGCAGCAGAAUCCAGAACUCAUCGAACAGCUGAGGAGUCAAAUCCGCAACCGAACACCCAGCACCGGCAACGAGGAGCAGCCGUGACGUCACACACUGUAAACAUAAGAAAACAAAUCUUAACAUUGUUCACGUGUGGAGGAGACGCUGAGACAGUCGGCCAUUUUGUUUCUUUCUGAUCAGGAUCAUGACGCUCGAAGGACAUUAAGGAAGUUUUUUUUUCCACCACUGAAUAAUUCCUGCAUGAGAGAGACGGGGGGGGGGGGGGGGGGUCGCUAAUUCAGGAGCCACAAGCCAUGCCCACUUCCUGGUGGUUUGUGUCUCAACACAUGAAACCUAAUAACCCAGAUUUUAAACAGCUGUGUGUGUGUGUGUGUGUGUGUGUGUGUGUGUGUGUGUGUGUGUGUGUGUGUGUGUGUGUGUGUGUGUGUGUGUGUGUGUGUGUGUGUGUGUGUGUGUGUGUGUGUGUGUGUGUGUGUGUGUGUGUGUGUGUGUGUGUGUGUGUGUGUGUGUGUGUGUGUGUGUGUGUGUGUGUGUGUGUGUGCUGUUUAAAUAAGUUUGGAAAUUAAAAAGAGCAUCUCAACAUUUUACUUCCUCCUGUCUGACGAGUUUUUUUAUGAAAUAUACUCAAGCAGCCAGGACUUGUUCUCAGACGUCACUGUAUAUACACAUAUUGUAUGAAUGAUGGAUAAUGUAUAAAUAAUAAUGUACAUGUGCAGUUUGAAGUUUUGGCCAAAUUAAUUUCUGAAGUGAAAAGUAAUAAAUAACACUCAGCAAAAA